AUGAAGUGUGUGGAGAAAGACAUGUGUUAUGAAUAUUCAAUGUCUAAAAUUAUCUUUCACAAAACUCACCUUUAUCUAGCUGCAUAUUGUUCAAAUGGUGUUUCUCAAUUUAAGAAUUUUUAAAGGUUGUACAUAAUAAAAAACUGUUUAAUGCACAUUACUAAUUCUUGUGUUUGUUUGUCUCAGGAAGUAUUUGAAAAAUUUUGAUCAUAUUAACAUUGAGUCCAGUGCUAUUGCAAAGUCUCUUUUACUGAAGAAAACCAAUACAAAUGUGGAUUGUGUAAGAUAUCAUGUGUUGAGACUGUUCAAAGUGAAAUUUGUUCUUCCACCCUACUCAAAUACUGUUCUUCAAUUCAAAAAUAUUGAAGGUCAGACGUUAUAAUAUAAUUAUUUUUAUGAAUAUUAUAUUUAAGGUUUCUUUUAAGAAAUAAAUUAUUAAUCAUCAUUAUUCAUAAUGAAUUAAUUAUAUCUAAUAAUUUUAUAUUUUAUAAUAUAUUUCUUCUUUUUUGUUUUAUUAAUUACAUAUAAUUCUCCAUUGAAUUUAAAUUUUGUAAUGUCUGUAUUGUAUUGUAUUCACAAUCAUUACAAUUAUAAUAUGGAACUAUCAAAAGUUGAUACACAUGUGUGCUGUUUUAAGGUUUCUUUUAAGAAAUAAAUUACUAAUCAUCAUUAUUCAUAAUGAUUAAAUUAUAUCUAAUAAUUUUAUAUUUUAUAAUAUAUUUCUUCUUUUUUGUUUUAUUAAUUACAUAUAAUUCUCCAUUGAAUUCAAAUUUUGUAAUGUCUGUAUUGUAUUGUAUUCAUAAUCAUUUCAAUUAUAAUAUGGAUUUAUCAAAAGAUGAUACACAUGUUUGCUGUUUGUAGAACAUUUGCCUCUCAAAGUUCAUACUAUUCUGAAGAUAAACUAUAUGAGUGCGGUUUUUGUGAGAAGAUAUAUGUAAAUAAUUAUUACUGUCCUAUGACUUCUCACACAGGUCGCAUUCCUAUAAGUUCUAAAUCAACUCGAUGAUACACAUGUUUGCUGUUUGUAGAACAUCUGCCUCUCAAAGGUCAUACCAUUCUGAAGAUAAACUAUAUGAGUGCGGUUUUUGUGAGAAGAAAUAUGUAAAUAAUUAUUACUGUCCUAUGAAUUCUCACACAGGUCGCAUUCCGAUAAGUUCUAAAUCAACUGAUAUAUCACAAUCAUUUUACCAAUGUAAAAUUGUUUUAUUUUAGAAACUCAAUAUUUUAAGUUUUGCACACCUAAAUUAUAAUAUUCCUAUCAAAGGUUAUGAAUAAAUAUCAUGUAUUAAAAAACACUAUGUUCACUUUUUUCAUUUUUUUUAUAAGACUGACAUUUUCAUUAUAUUAAUGUUUCAUAAAAACAUUAAAAUAUUAUGGUUAUAUUUUAUAUUAGACCAUCUUUAGUAGAUAAAUGGCUUUUAAUAUUGAAUAUCUUAUAAUAGUAACUCAAGUGUAUUUUGGUUUUAGGAUGCAUUGGCCAAGGAUUUGUCAUCUGUGGACCAAGUUUGAUCUUAUUUUGCUGUAUCCUUAUCUGAAGACAACCAUAAGGAAUGAAGUGUGUGGAGAAAGACAUGUGUUAUGAAUAUUCAAUGUCUAAAAUUAUCUUUCACAAAACUCACCUUUAUCUAGCUGCAUAUUGUUCAAAUGGUGUUUCUCAAUUUAAGAAUUUUUAAAGGUUGUACAUAAUAAAAAACUGUUUAAUGCACAUUACUAAUUCUUGUGUUUGUUUGUCUCAGGAAGUAUUUGAAAAAUUUUGAUCAUAUUAACAUUGAGUCCAGUGCUAUUGCAAAGUCUCUUUUACUGAAGAAAACCAAUACAAAUGUGGAUUGUGUAAGGAGUCAUGUGUUGAGACUGUUCAAAGUGAAAAUUGUUCUUCCACCCUACUCAAAUGCUGUUCUUCAAUUCAAAAAUAUUGAAGGUCAGACGUUAUUAUAUAUUUAUUUUUACGAAUAUUAUAUUUAAGGUUUCUUUUAAGAAAUAAAUUACUAAUCAUCAUUAUUCAUAAUGAUUAAAUUAUAUCUAAUAAUUUUAUAUUUUAUAAUAUAUUUCUUCUUUUUUGUUUUAUUAAUUACAUAUAAUUCUCCAUUGAAUUCAAAUUUUGUAAUGUCUGUAUUGUAUUGUAUUCAUAAUCAUUUCAAUUAUAAUAUGGAACUAUCAAAAGAUGAUACACAUGUUUGCUGUUUGUAGAACAUCUGCCUCUCAAAGGUCAUACCAUUCUGAAGAUAAACUAUAUGAGUGCGGUUUUUGUGAGAAGAAAUAUGUAAAUAAUUAUUACUGUCCUAUGACUUCUCACACAGGUCGCAUUCCUAUAAGUUCUAAAUCAACUCAAAUAUCACAAUCAUUUUACCAAUGUAGAAUUGUUUUAUUUUAGAAACUCAAUAUUUUUAGUUUUGCACACCCAAAUUAUAAUAUUCCUAUCAAAGGUUAUGAAUAUAUAUCAUGUAUUAAAAAACACUAUGUUCACCUUUUUCAUUUUUUUUAUAAGACUGACAUUUGCAUUAUAUUAAUGUUUCAUAAAAACAUUAAAAUAUUAUGGUUAUAUUUUAUAUUAGACCAUCUUUAGUAGAUAAAUGGCUUUUAAUAUUGAAUAUCUUAUAAUAGUAACUCAAGUGUAUUUUGGUUUUAGGAUGCAUUGGCCAAGGAUUUGUCAUCUGUGGACCAAGUUUGAUCUUAUUUUGCUGUAUCCUUAUCUGAAGACAACCAUAAGGAAUGAAGUGUGUGGAGAAAGACAUGUGUUAUGAAUAUUCAAUGUCUAAAAUUAUCUUUCACAAAACUCACCUUUAUCUAGCUGCAUAUUGUUCAAAUGGUGUUUCUCAAUUUAAGNUUUUUAUUUAAUAAAUUAAUUCUCAAACAACUUUAUUUUUAAAGCCAAAUUAUUCUUAAUUGCUCUGUAUUAUAUAAUAUUUCCCUUAACUUUAUUAUAUUAACAACAAAUAUUAUUUAAUACAUUAUAAAUAUUUUAAGUUCUGUAUUUUAUUGUUAUAAUUUUAAAAUUGUAUAAUAAUAAGAAACCCUCACCUGAUAAUUUAAAUGUGUGAUGUUCAGGAAGCAUCUGCCUUACAAUAGGCAUGCUUCUCCAAAGAUAAACUAUAUGAAUGCGGUGUUUGUGAGAAGAAAUAUGUAAAGAAUGAUUAUGAUCAUAUAACUUCUCUCACAUAUCGCAUACAUAUUUGUUUUAAACUGCUCAUAUGUUACACCUGGUCUACACAUUUGUAACAGUAAUUAUUUUGAAACUAUAUAUUUAGUUUUGCAUACUUUAAAAUUUUUUCUCCCAUUUUAACAAAUUAUUGAAUAUGAUGUUUUACAAAACACGAUGUUCAAAUUUUUUUAAUUUGAAUAAGACUUAUCUUAAUUCUAUUAAAUAUCUGAAAAGAGAUGAAUGAAUAUUAUGGUUGCAUUUUUUAAAAGGGCCUAAAAUUAAUGAUAUAAGGCUAAUUAAUAUCGAUUUUUGAAUAUUAUCAAUUCUAGUGUUUGAUUGUUUCAGUAAAGAUUUGCCAAAUAUUGAUUCCACCAAGUUCUGAGUCCAUUCUACUGUUCAAGGCAAGUGUUAUCCUACACACAACUCAUCUUACAACUCACUCUUUAAAUGAGAUUCGUUAAUUCACAAAUUUUAAAAGGUUCUUUACCAUUACCAAACUCUCACUUGAUGAAAUAAAUGUUUGAUGUUGAGGAAGCAUCUGCCUUACAAUAGGCAUGCUUCACCAAAGAUAAACUAUAUGAAUGCGUUGUUUGUGAGAAGUCAUGUGUUAAGAAUAAUUAUAGUCAUAUGACUCUCACUCAUAUCGCAUUUAUAUUAUGUCAUAUACUGCUCAAAUGUUACAACUGGUUCUACAAAUAUGUAACAGUUACUAUUUUGAUUUAAUAUGUUUAGUUCAUUGUAGUACAUGCUUUACAAAUAAUUUUCCUAUUAAAACAAAAUAUUUUUUAUGAAACACCAAGUUAAUGUUUUUUUUUUAGUUGGACUUAAAUUUUCAUUGUAUGAAACAGAUAAAAAUUGUAAAAAUAUGAGACCUUAUUUAGCACCCAAAUUAUAAUAUUCCUAUCAAAGGUUAUGAAUAAAUAUCAUGUAUUAAAAUACACUAUAUUCACUUUUUUCAUUUUUUUUAUAAGACUGACAUUUUCAUUAUAUUAAUGUUUCAUAAAAACAUUAAAAUAUUAUGGUUAUAUUUUAUAUUAGACCAUCUUUAGUAGAUAAAUGGCUUUUAAUAUUGAAUAUCUUAUAAUAGUAACUCAAGUGUAUUUUGGNUGCACACCCAAAUUAUAAUAUUCCUAUCAAAGGUUAUGAAUAAAUAUCAUGUAUUAAAAAACACUAUGUUCACUUUUUUCAUUUUUUUUAUAAGACUGAUAUUUUUAUUAUAUUUAUGUUUCAUAAAAACAUUAAAAUAUUAUGGUUAUAUUUUAUAUUAGACCAUCUUAAGUAGAUAAAUGGCUUUUAAAAUUGAAUAUCUUAUAAUAGUAACUCAAGUGUAUUUUGGUUUUAGGAUAAAUUGGCCAAGGAUUUGUCAUCUGUGGACCAAGUUUGAUCUUAUUUUGCUGUAUCCUUAUCUGAAGACAACCAUAAGGAAUGAAGUGUGUGGAGAAAGACNACAUUAAAAUAUUAUGGUUAUAUUUUAUAUUAGACCAUCUUUAGUAGAUAAAUGGCUUUUAAUAUUGAAUAUCUUAUAAUAGUAACUCAAGUGUAUUUUGGUUUUAGGAUGCAUUGGCCAAGGAUUUGUCUUCUGUUGACCAAGUUUGA